CAGCAGAGCUCGCUGCCGCGGCGAACGCACACAAUGCAACACCUCGCCCUCCUCCGUCCGCUCAUCCAUCCCUCUCCCCUUCCGGCCGCGAGUCCCCUCGCUGCGCGAUGCCGCGGCGGCCGGGGCCGAGGCCGAGGCCGAGGCGUCCGCUGGAGAUGCGCGACGGGGGGAGGCGCGGGCGGCGGCGAGGUUGAGGAGGGGGAGGGGGAGGGGAAGCGGGAGGCGGCGGCGUGGCUGAGCUCGGCGGUGGGGGAGAAGGUGGACGAGCUGCUGCUGCGCGAGGAGAACCGCGCGCUGGUGGAAGGGGUCGAGGCCGCCGAGCGGCGGGUGGAGCGGGCGCGCGCCGCGCUCGCCGACAUCGAGCGCCAGGAGGCCGCCGCCCGCCUCGCCAGCGAGGAGGUCCGCCGCCUCGAGAGGCGCCGCGACGAGAUCACAGAGUCCCAACGUGAAUUGCUACAAGCAAGAGAAAUGAUUGAUGAAGCACAACGUUCCUUGUCUUCUAGUCUUGAGGAUCAAAGCUUUGGAGAUGUACCAAGUGGAGAUAUUGAUGAAGAUAGUGAAAGACUGGAAUCUGUAAAAGCUGCAGCAGUUUCCUCUGUAGUUGGUGUUCUAGCUAGUUUACCCAUAUCUUUUUAUGAAGCCCAUGAUUUUCCACAAUUAUUUGUUCAGUUGUCAGUUAUUUUCAUAAGUUGUGCUUUGUUUGGAGUAACAUUCCGGUAUGCCAUUAGGAGAGAUCUGGACAAUGUCCAACUAAAAACAGGGGCUGCUGCUGCAUUUGCUUUUGUAAGAGGCCUUGCUAUGGUGGAAUCUGGGAGGCCCUUUGAGCUGAGCACUGAUGCCUUAAUAUCACUUGCCCUUGAUGGUGCAGUUAGUGUGGUUGAGAACAUUUUGACAUUUCUACCUGCUGCAAUUGCACUGGACUAUUGUUUUAAGAUGAGAUUUUUGAGUCCAUUUCCUACAAGAAAACAGUAGUUCCUGCAAAUAAUCUGAAUUUUUUAUUUCCACUUGAAUCAAUGCUUUGGGCUAUCUGUUUCAUAUCAGCUUUUGGUGAAAUGCUGCAAUCUGCGUAAACUGAUAUGUGCUUCAUCAGUCCUUGCCCUUAUGCAAAGAGAAUUCUUUACUCUCCAUGAC